AAUCACAUGAGGAGCAAGUCAUUGCCGUGUUUGACCUCAACUCAAAACAGCGUUGUACUCACACACGACACAAAUACACGGCAACGCAUCUCACGGCACAACACACACACACACAAAAACCCAGUUUUUAUUUUCCCACUUUCAUAAACUCAACUCAAUUCCUUGUUCUGUAAUCUACCCUUACAAGAUUUUCUACCUCUUUAUGCUAAUCUCCUUCCUCUCUCACCCCUCAACGCUCAAAACUUUGAUCGGUGAAAGAAAAAAACAACACAGAGAUGAGAGGGGCUAAUGGGUAUGAUGGCAUAGCCGUUAACAACACUUUGGACACUAUAAACGCUGCUGCUUUUGCCAUAUCCUCAGCCCAGAAUCGCGUUUCUCAACCUUCUGCCCAGAAGAAAAAAUGGGGAAGCUGGUUGAGCAUAUCGGGGUGCUUUGGAUAUCACAAGAACCGGAAGCGCAUUGGGCAUGCUCCCCUUGCUCCAGAAACAACCCCCAAUGGAGCAGAUCCUGCUGCAGCUGUUAGUUCAACUCAAGCACCUAGUAUAACACUUCCCUUUGUGGCACCUCCCUCGUCUCCUGCAUCGUUCUUUCAAUCAGAACCUCCCUCAACUGCACAGUCCCCGGUUGGAAUUGUAUCUCACACUUGUGUGUCUGCCAGCAUGUACUCUCCUGGAGGCCCUGCCUCAAUCUUUGCCAUUGGCCCUUAUGCUCACGAAACCCAAUUAGUGUCACCGCCUGUUUUUUCGGCAUCAUCUACUGCUCCUUUCACUCCACCUCCUGAGUCUGUCCACUUGACUACACCUUCUUCGCCGGAGGUGCCAUUUGCUCAACUACUUGACCCCAACAACCGGAACAGUGAGACCUAUCAGAGGUUCCAAAUAUCUCACUAUGACUUCCAAUCUUAUCAGUUUCAUCCUGGAAGCCCAGUUGGUCAACUCAUAUCCCCAAGAUCUGCCAUCUCGGCUUCUGGCGCCUCAUCGCCGCUGCCCGACUCGGAGUUCACUGUUGGUGGUUCUCAUAUCCUUGAUUUCCAAAGAGCAGACCCUCCCAAGCUUCUUAACUUAGAUAAACUUUCUGCCUAUGAAAAGCAAAAGUCAAAUCAAGGUUCUGGGUCUCUGACCCCAGAUGCUGCAAAGUCCACAACUCAUGCUGGUUUUGUUUCAAAUCAUUGGGUUUCUGAGAUCAAAAUGUCCCCACAUCCAAGCAAUAAUCGCCUGAGUGAGAUUAGUAUAAAUCAUAGGGUUUCAUUUGAAUUAUCUGCACAGAAAGUAUUGAAAUCUGUGGAAAACAAGCCAGCAGCAUCAGCAUGGACUAGAGUCAUGUCAAAAUUGAAAAACGAUGCUGCAACAGCCCACAAAGAAGAAAAUUCAAGAGAAACCGUGCGUGAUGACAAACAAGUAGUUGCUGAAACUCACAAUGACACACAGAAGCAAACCACUUUGGGUGGAGAUGAGGCAACAGUUCAUGAGAAGGAUCAUUCUGUAACUCUUUCUUCUGCUAAAGAAUUCAAUUUUGAUAAUGCAGAUGGAGGAGAUUCUCUUGCACCAAAUAUAGUUGCUGAUUGGUGGGCUAAUGAGAAAGUUGCAGGGAAGGAGGGAGGGGCCUCUAAGGAUUGGUCCUUUUUCCCAAUGAUUCAACCUGGUCUUAGCUAACCAAUAAGGACUCACACAGUGGCUUCUUGUUGAAGGACUUGCUAGAAUUUGGCAUUGGUUUUUAGUUUUGUGUCAUGCUGUUUGGCAGAAUCCAAAGGCACACUUGCUAAAUUGAAUCAUAGUAAAUUAAGAUUGGGAAGUCUAACACACUGAUGGGGUUCUUUUUUGAACUCAAUGGCCCCUAAAAUAGUGAAUUUGCAUAAUAUAUAUGUUGUAGUUGUUACCAUGUUUGGUUUAGAAAUAGCUGUGUACAUUUUUAGCAUCUGUACUCUCUAUCCAGUUUAUAUAUAAUAAUAUAGUUGACUUCGAUUACAGGCUAACCAAUGAUGGCGAUUAUAAUAAAUAGCUGACAAUCGUGAUUGGUUUGAUUAUAUGGGUACAGCAAAUUUGUGAAUGGGAAUCUAAUCAUCUCAAGAAUCCUUACACCUAAAUGACCCUUUAUGUAUUUUUAAGGGUUC